AUGGCCUCAAGCUCCAACGUGUACAUCCACAAUGACCAUGUGGACAAAGCUCUUUGGACCAAUUGGAGUGGUAACCGGUGGACGGGUUCUAGAAUGACCAUGAAGAAAGAUACCGCAGAUCUGCUCAACAUCUUCCUGGGCAUCUUCAUCAUCUUCAUCGAGGCUGCGUUCUGGGGCUACAUCUCCCUGGGCUUGUUUUUUCUCAACCACCGGCGGCCAAGACGAGAUGCUCUUCACCACCAGCUGCAAGCAGUCUUUCGCAACGUUGGGAGCUCGCUCGGCACACUCACCACACUGCUCAAGUUUUGGAAAGUUUGGGGCUGGUACGCGUGCUGGAAGCGCAUCUCUCUCCCAGCUGUGGCUGCCGUCAUCUGCAUAGGCUUCUUUGUGGCGGGGAUGCCCUUCAUACUGGCCAAGUCUCUGCUGGAUAGCCAGGGCGUCGAGAUUUUGAUUCGAAAUGUGGCGAAUUGCGGCUUCUGGGUGGCGGCGUUUACCAAUUCCAGCACCACAUCAGCAGCGUUACUCGUCAACCAGUCUCGGGAGGCCGUGUCCUAUGUCGACCUCUGCUACAACCAGGAUACGCCCUCAAACGCCUGUGAUUCUCAUCUUGCGAUGCGACGUCUCCCUACUUUGGCAGUGUUUCCUGCCCGAUGCCCGUUUUCGGCAGAUGCUUGCUUCUACAAGAACCAGUUUCCCGCCUUUCAAUGGCAGACGGACCAGCUAGACUCGCAUGUGCAUUUUGGCAUCAACGCGCCGCCUAGGGACAGGAUACUACUGCAGCGGACUACAACCUGUGCGCCUUUGGACGUGGACCGGUUUACCAAGGUGACUGCCGGUAUUCUGAGAGCGGAACAAAUCACAGGUGUUUACUUUGGUCGCACGCCCAGCCAAAACUUCACGUACAGUGUGAGCAACUAUGAAAGUAUCGCAAAGCCUGCAUACCACAUUGAUGUCGUAUGGAACCACCCAUCCAAGGGUUCUGCAUCGACCGGUUCCUUUACACCCGUGCCGGAACUCUCUCGGACGGAUGCCGACGUGUCGAUUGUUCUUCUCAAUAAUCAGCUGAUAGCCAUCAAGGGCACGGAUGGACCUUGCAGUGAUCCCUUUUUUUCAGCAACCAACAAAACCAUGCCGCUUCAAAAGGACUACUAUCUGCCAGACAGGCCAAUCACCGCAAUUGGGUGCACCGAUCAAUAUGCCUUUGGAAACCCUGUGACUGGGCAAUGGACCGAGCCCAUGUCGGCAAGCUCCACCUCGAAUUGGCCGACCUUGUCCAAAGACUGGAAUCUUUCUCUUGGGCAAAGGGCGGCCAUGGCAAGUCUAGAAUGGUCCGUUUUCAGCAGCGGUGGCAUCGAAGGCGUCAUUCUCGGUCUCGAAAUAGAUGCAUUACUCGCCAAGAAAAGUCCAGGAAUGUUUUCAGAUUUUCAAAAUCCAAUCCCCAAUGACCAGUGGAAGAAGGAAGUCGGGUAUUGGUUUAACAUUGGCCUGGCCAAACUGCAGUUCGGCUUGAUCGGCAUCGCUGUCGGGCCUCGAGACCCAACGCUCCCAGACUUGCAAAACAUGCUGCACACCUUGACAGUCGGCCAAAAGGACCUGGAGAAGAGGAUCUGCACUACUCAAAAGUUAUACAGUGUGGAUCACAAAAACUACAAUGCUGCGGGGCUCAUCUUCCUCCUGGUACUUGGUGGCCUGGUUGGAGGGGUGCUGCCGUUUCUCAAGCACCCCCUUCUCCGUUGGCUAUCUCGGCAGAAGGAUCCUGCGCUCCAGUGGAACUCGUACUCGACACUUCAGAUGCAACGAAUUGCCAUUGAGAGUAUUGGGGUGAUUGCAGGAGCCAAGUGGGAGCGUCUCGAAGCCGAUGUUCCACGCUUGACUCCGCGCGAAGCGUCGGCUGGGUAUCUGGACAUUGAGCAUCGGGACGGUGAUGGUCGUCGACACCCGAAAUGGUCCAUAGGGCCUGGCAGAAAACAGCCUCCUCCCGAGUACUUAUACAGAAAGGCCGAAUCCCCAGAUCUGCUUUUGGCGAAGACGAUGGCCCAAUCUUCUCUGGUGCUUGUCGGCAAGUACGAGUAG